UCGCGUGAUACGCGCAGUAUUGGUGUGUAUGAGGGAAAAUGUAUCGUCUCGGACGACAGUGUACCUCCCAGAUCGCUUUCAAUUCCUUUUUCUUCACAGUGCCGCGGGGGUAUUUUCAUUUUGCGAGACAACACAGUAAAAGCUGGUCGUGUAUUGGCUGAUUUUGGAUCAAACUCGAGAGAUUUUUGGCAAAGAAAAUGCGAAAGUCCAAGAAGAAGAGUGGCAGAGGGGCGCAGCAUGGAAACGUGCAGCCUUUCAGCGACGAGGACGCCUCCGUUGAGACGCUCAGUAAUUGCAGCAGCUUCAGUGAUGUCACCAGUGUAGCGGACGAAGGUGGCGAGGCCUGCGAGGAUGCAGCCCAGGAGGAUUUCCAGUACAAGCUUAAGGGGUUCAUAGACAGCUCUGUGGACAAGAGCGCUAAGACCAGACAGGGGGCACUGGACGGGCUUAAGACUGCAAUGGCCACGCGCAUUCUGUACGAGUUCAUCUCGGAGCGAAGGAUGACCAUCACUGACAGCAUUGAACGCAGCUUGAAGAAAGGUAAAGGCGAGGAGCAGCGGGCAGCGGCGUCUUUAGCCUGCCUGCUGUGCAUCCAGCUGGGCUCGGGCAUCGAGAGCGAGGAAGUGUUCAAGACUCUCAAGCCGGUUUUCAAAAACAUCCUAGCCGACGGCUCUGCCAACAUGCAAGGGAGACAAGUGGUGGCGACAAGUCUGGGUCUCUGCACUUUAGUUGCAGAAGAUGACGUUUUGGACGUGCGCACCACCAUGGAUUGCUUCGAGAACCUCUUCACCCGCUCCUACAGCAGGGCAGACGGCACGUGCGCCUCCAUCAGCGCUCCUACAAGCCAGCUCCACACUAACGCCCUUCUGUCCUGGGCCCUGCUGCUCACCAUCUGCACCAGCAGCCAGCUCAAAGAAAUCUUGCACAAACAUCUGCCCAAGCUUCCGAGGUUGCUGGAGAGCGACGACGUCAACAUGAGAAUCGCAGCAGGCGAGACCAUCGCGCUGCUUUUCGAGCUGGCCAGAGACAUGGACCCUGAGUUUGAGUUUGAUGGCUGGGACGAGCUGUGUGACAAACUGAACGCGCUGGCUACCGACUGCAACAAGCACCGGGCCAAGACGGACAAAAAGAAGCAGCGCUCUGUGUUUAGGGACGUGCUCAAGGCUGUUGAGGAGGGCGACUUCCAGUCGGAGAGCAUUCGCUUCGCGACAGAACGCAUGACCAUCGACAGCUGGCUCAGGAAGAGGACGUAUGACGCCUUCAGGGAGUUUGUGGGCUCUGGAAUGAACUACCACUUGCAGGCCAAUGAAUUCAUCCGAGAUGUGUUCCAACUUGGACCUCCCAUGCUGGUCGACUCAGCCACGAUAAAGGCCAUGAAGAUCUCCCGCUUUGAGAGGCAUCUUCACAACUCUGCCGCCUUCAAAGCUCGGACCAAGGCCAGAAACAAGUUCAGGGACAAGAGAUCAGACGUGGGCGACUUCUGAGUUUUUGGAACAACCUAUUUUUGAAGAUUCCUUGCUUAUGAGAACAACCGUUUUGUUUUUUUGCGCUCAAAGUCCUAAUACACUUUGUGUAGCAUUUGGUUAACAUCUACACAGUACAUCUUUUAAUACACUACAUAUUUGUAAUUUAAGCCUGUUCACGCUAAUCUCGAGGUUGUACAUAGUGCGUUUGUUAAAGCCUUGUUGUUGAAUAUUCCAUUUUGACCUAAGUUAUGUUACGUUAAAUUCUAGGUAGCAUUGACUAUUUGUAUUUUUUUUUUUUUUUUGCUCCUUUCCACUUUUCAUUCGUCUCGUUACAUUGCACUACCCAGCGAACCCUGGAAAGUUUAAUUGUCUAAAAACUUGUUUAAUGUAUUGUAUUGGGUGUAUAAUCUGAAGAAAACUAUUGCGGGAUAAUAAAGUGCUAACAAAAGGA